CGCUAGGGAUGUUUGCGCGCUCCUCAUCGGCUUCUGCGACCGCUAGCCGGCUUCGAGGGCCUUUUCUGCGGCCUCUGUGUUGUUGGUCCAGGGUUUGUUUUUUUCUUGUCUGAGGCGGCUCUGUCAAUGCAACCCGUCAAACCGGUUAGCUAUUGACGUGCUACUGUAAUGUGCAUGCGGAGUGGUACAUACGAGUCCAAGUGCCAGAAUGGGGUGCAUAGGGGGGCCACUCCGUCCAGAGAGCUUGGAUCGUCAAAGCACUUCUGCUUUUGCUCUGCCUUGCUUUGGUCUGCUUUUGUUAUACCUUGGUGCGUCGGAUUUGACAAUGCCUGCUUGUUUCGUGCGAGGCCAAGUCUCUCGUUUUAGAUCAUCCAUCACCCAGGCCUGGAAUUAUCAGAUUUCGCUUCCCGCAAAUCUGUCGCGUGGCGCCCAUGGAUUUGGAGAUGCUGCUUGGGAUGGCGCAGCUAAUUUCUCACCGCUUCUCGAUUGGAUCCCUCCCCUGGACCCUCAACGCACUCAUCCCGCCACCCUGGUCGUGGGCGAUUCUUGGAUCCUUCGGCCGUCUGCUGUUGGGUCUCCCGCGGAUACCGGUGCUAUGGAACCCCGCCCGUUUCCCCCGUUAUUAAUUGCUUCUUCCAUCUUUGCCGUCCAAUCAGCCGUCAAUGUCUCAACCACAUUGUCGGGUUCAAUGAGCUGGCCCCUCCACUCCCCCUCCAGAGUUGCACACGUCAUUGCCAACCCGGCUUUUAAUCUGCACCUUGAUAUUGCUAGCCCGGGAAACUGGGUAAAGACACCUGCGGCGUCUCAGCGGCCUCAUCCAAGUCUCUCCUGCUGUGUGCUAUCCAUGCUAUGGUACUACGGCUCGUACUAACUGCUUGGCCGGGAACUCUAGGUAGAGUUUCAUUCCGUUGACAAGGGAUUUAAAAUUCUCAUUCUCAAGCCGUCCCGCCCCUAAUCAUGGCUCGGCCCGCCGCCUUAUACAGUGUAGAGAGC